ACCCAGAGUCUUCUGUUUCUUUUUUUUUAUCAGCCAGACCCUCAGGGCUGGGAAAGGCUGAUCUUCCUCUCUGCCUUCACCUUUCGAGUCUUCCUUCCAUUUCGGUUUCCAUAAAGAUUGUCAGUCACCAUGGCAACAAAGGUGUUACCAUUUUACCAAAAGAGACACAAACACUACGGCUAUGAUUACCGCAACCUUGACACCCGAUCAGUUGUGAAGAAGUACACCAGCAAAAGCAGUGUAUCCAAAAGGUCUAGAUUAUCACUUGAGACUUCCUUAUCCAGACACAGUCCUUGUGCUAAAAGGGUUUGUCAGUAUGCUGAAGAAGAAGUUCCUGAAUACACAGUGCCUCCAUUUCGGAGCAGAGAGGGUGAAGAGGAAGAAGUCAAGCCUAAACCAAGAGUAUUUCUAUAUGGUACAAAACUACGGGAGAUGGAGGCUGAGAUUUCUAAACUCAAAAGGUCUGCACAUGAGCAAGCAGACAUGCUAGCUCUGAAGAGGAUGGAAGAAGAAAGGUUAGCUGUGCAGAGACAUAUCCGUGAGGAUUCCAUAUGCCGUGCUCCUGAAUUUCUUGUCCGGUUAAGAUCCCAUACAGUUUGGGAGAACUCCUUUGUAAAAUUGUUCUGCACUGUUCAGGGUUUUCCAACCCCGUUAGUCAGAUGGUAUAGAGACGAUGUCUAUAUUGAUCAAACAAGUGAACCAACCAAGUACAGGAUGGAUAGCUACUACGGAGUUCACUCUUUGGAAAUUAAUAGAUGCGCCACAAGUGACACUGCUCAAUAUACUGCCUUGGCUUUUAAUAUUCAUGGAGAGGCAUCAUCAAGUGCCACUGUCAUUGUUAAACGUUUCCGAGGAGAUGAAGAGCCUUACCACUCUGUUUUGCUCCCUUUGAACUUACCUCUGUUGUCACCUCCGAUUUUCACACACAUAGAUAUUCAAUAUAGUGAGAAAUUUGGUGUGAGCUUUGGCACUGAGGGAGAGACAAUGAUAUUGUCCUGCCGGAUGAUCCUUACACCAAACCUUCACCGUUUACAGCCAGAAGUUGUGUGGUACAGAGAUGAUGUUGAAAUAAAGAAGUCCAAGUGGGCUGUAAUGCAGUACAGUGACUGCACUGCCACGCUGACUCUACCUCAUCUGAAUAAAGAUGAUGAAGGACUGUACACAACACGUUUGAUAACGAGAGGUGGCAUUUCCCAGCACAGUGCUUAUCUAUUUGUCCGAGAUGCAGAUGCCCCAAUAGUAGGAGCUCCAGGAGCCCCAAUGGAUGUCACAUUUUAUGAUGCUAACAAGGAUUAUGUCAUCCUCACCUGGAAACCUCCAAACGUAACCAAAGAGAGUCCUGUGAUUGGCUAUUUUGUUGACCGGUGUGAAGCUGGAAGUGAUAACUGGAUUCAGUGCAAUGAUGCCCCAAUUAAAAUUUGCAAAUAUCCUGUGACUGGUCUGUUUGAAGGACGUUCCUAUAUUUUCCGUGUGCGAGCAGUAAACAAGAGUGGUAUCAGCAGACCUUCCAGAAUUACUGAUGCAGUGACAGCUCUUGACCCUGCUGAUUUGGCUAGGCUGCAAACUAUUUAUUUUGAUGCAAGUCGACAAAUUGUUAUAAGCCAAGAUGAGCUGGAAGGGGAUAUAAAACCCCCAGGUAUACCUACAAAUGUCCAUGUAGCUGAAACCAGCAGGAAUUACAUUGUACUCAGCUGGGAUCCACCUGAGCCACGUGGCCGAGAACCACUGAUGUAUUACAUUGAAAAGACCAUGGCUGGCAGUGCAUCUUGGCAAAGGAUCAACCAAGAGAUUGCAGCAAGAUCCCCACGUUUUGCUAUAUUUGACUUGGCUGAAGGAAAAUCCUACGAAUUCCGUGUUUUUGCUGUGAACAAGUUUGGUAUGAGCCAGCCAUCAGCAUCGACUGGACCCGUUACAGUUCAGGAACACAUUGAAAUUCCAGCUUCGCCCUCUGGUGUUCGAUGUGCAAGAAACACAAAGCAUUCGAUUGUUGUGCAUUGGACACCUUCAAAAAGUGCCAAAGACCUGAUUGGCUAUUACAUUGAUUCCUGCCUGGUGGGAACCAAUGACUGGCAGCCCUGCAAUCACAAGCCUGUGAAAUACACAAGAUUUGUUGUUCAUGGUCUAAAGAAUGGACAUAAGUACAUCUUCCGUGUGAAGGCAGUUAAUGCUUUGGGAACAAGUGAGAUGUCUCAAGAAUCAGAUCCUAUUACUGUCCAAGCAGCUCUGAGAGGUGGUAUCCCUCAUGCUGCCCCAUCAUCACCUUAUGGUAUAACUCUCCUUGACUGCACAAACGACUCCAUGACGCUGGGCUGGAAGGCACCACGGUUUACUGGAGGCUCAGAUAUCAUCGGAUACUACAUGGAUCAUCGUGAAAUCACUGACCUACAUUGGCAUGAAAGCAACAUCAAACCAAUCACUGGAAGAGUUCACAAAGUUGAAAACCUGAAAGGAGGCUCUUUCUACGAGUUUAAAAUCAGUGCUAUGAAUGUGGGUGGUGUUGGCGUCCCUUCAGAUUCCAGUCGGGCUUUCAAAUGUGAGGCAUGGACCAUGUCAGAACCAGGGCCACCUUAUGACUUGACAUUCUGUGAAAUCAGAAAGCAUUCUCUUGUGAUCUUGUGGAAGGCACCAAUUUACACUGGCAACAGUGCUGUUACUGGCUACACUGUGGAUAUCUGCGAGACAGAUUCUGAUGAAUGGAGAGCUAUAACGGAGAAAGCGGUAUCCACUCGCUAUUUAAAGGUUACUAAUUUAGAGGAAGGAAGAAGCUACAUUUUCAGAGUCCAUGCUGUGAAUACAGCUGGUCAGGGCAGACCCUCUGAGCCUUCCGAACCCAUCCUCAUUCAAGUCAGGCCAGGAACAAAGGAAAUCACAAGUGGUGUUGAUGCAGAAGGAAAUAUCUACUUGAGCUUUGAGUGCCAUGAUAUGACUGAUGCCUCCCAAUUUACUUGGGGCAAAGCCUAUGAGGAAAUAACUGAUUUCUCAAAGGUCCACGUUGAAACAGAUGGUGAAAAGUCUAAAUUAAUCUUCAAACAUCCUGACAUGGCAGAUUUAGGAACAUACUCUGUGGCAGUAUCAGACACUGAUGGCAUCUCUUCCAGUUAUAACCUAGAAAAGGAAGAAUUGGAACGCCUGAUGGCUUUGAGCCACGAAAUCAGACAUCCAACAAUCCCAUUGAAAAGUGAAUUGUCCUACGAGGUUUUCGACAAAGGCCAAGUUCGAUUUUGGCUUCAGACAGAGAGCGUGUCGCCCAAUGCUACUUGUAAAUUCAUUGUCAAUGACUUGGAGCUGGCUGACAGUAAGGAUCACAAGAUUACUUUUAAUAAGUCUACUGGUAUGGUUGAGAUGGUGAUGGAGCAGUUCACAAGUAAGAAUGAAGGAACUUACACUGUCCAAAUACAGGAUGGCAAGGCCAAAAACCAGUCCACUCUGGUUUUGAUUGGGGAUGUAUUUAAGGCUGCCCUGGAGGAAGCGGAGUUCCAGAGGAAAGAAUUCUUGAGAAAACAAGGGCCUCAUUUUGCAGAGUACCUGUCGUGGCAUGUGACUGAGGAUUGCAUUGUUGAGUUGAUAUGCAAGGUGGCAAACACGAAGAAGGAAACUGUGUUCGGUUGGUACAAAGAUUAUGUAGCUGUUCCUGCUGAGGAGCCACCUAACCCCCAAACAGGAGAAAGCAAGCUGUCUAUUCCUGAGUUCUCCAGAAAGGAUAUGGGCGAGUACAAGAUGACGCUGAAAGAUGACAAAGGGCAGGAUGUUACAGUACUGGAGGUGGCUGGCAAAGUGUAUGAAGAAAUUGUCCAGGAAAUUAGCAGAAUUAGUGGGUUUUCUGCUUCUGAACUGAAGAUAAAAUGCACCCCAGAAGGGAUCAGACUUCAGUCCUUCUUGAAGUACUACAUGGAGGACAUGAAGGUUUUCUGGUAUCACAAAGAUUCAAAGAUUGCAUCAUCUGAAAAGAUGAGAAUUGGAGGAAGCAGUGACCAGGUUUGGAUGCAGAUCUGUGAGCCAAAUGAUCGAGACAAAGGCAAAUACACAAUGGAGAUAUUUGAUGGCAAAACCUCAUAUAAACGACAUCUUGACCUUUCUGGAGAGGCUUAUGCUGAGGCAUACACAGAAUUCCAGAGGCUGAAAGCUGCAGCUUUUGCCGAGAAGAAUCGUGGCAAAGUAAUAGGAGGAUUGCCAGAUGUAGUAACUAUAAUGGAAGGCAAGACACUGAGCCUCACAUCCACUGUCUUUGGGGAUCCGACUCCUGAGGUGACCUGGCUCAAGAAUGACAAAGAUCUCGAACUGAAUGAUCAUCACUACGCGACUCUGGAGCAGGGAAAAUAUGCUUCCCUGACCAUCAAAGCUGUCAGCACGGAGGAUUCGGGAAAAUAUGGCAUUAAUGUCAGGAACAAAUAUGGCGGCGAGACAAUUGACAUCACUGUCAUUGUUACAAGAAAACUUGCCAAAUUUUGUGUUACUGUGCAUAAGAUUGAUGCGUCUGCUGAUUUAGAAAUGUUAAACGCCAUGGCGGAAAAAUAGCGCAAGCAAAGGAUUUAUGUUCGGAGUGUUUCUUCAAUAUUUAACAUGCUGACAAAACAUGCCAAGGAAGUGAAUGAAGCAAAAAUAGACGUGGGGAGAACUUUCAAGCAAUAGUUUAUACUCGUUUGUGGACUACUACAUGUGGAGCUUAGUGCAAUAUAUAUUGAUGAUGACAACUGUGACAUUUAUUUUACUGGCAUAGUGGAUUUUAGUUACAGGAAUGUUUUAUGUUAUUGACUUGACCUAAAGAAUAAUAUAACGUUCACCAAAUAGCAAAUUCACAUUAAAGACAAUACACAUAUUUCAAAAGAAACCUCAGGAAACAUUCUGCUAUUCUGGCCUUAGCUGCUCACUGUCAUUCUGCAAACUACAAACCUGCUCAAUAUGACAGAAGAGGAGGAAAGGGUACAACAUUUAGUUUAGUAUUGAAAUAUUGGAGGGGAUUGUGAAUGGAACUAGUUUCAGAAUAGCAUUAAAGAGCACAGGUAAGUGAGAUUUGAAACAAAAAACAAGAACGAUAUCCUUAUCUAUUGUCCAUCUCCUAAGGUACAAAAUAAAGAGAAAAUAAAUGCAGCAUUUGGAAAUGUGAAGUUAAAAUAGGAAAUGAUGGAAUUACACAGCAGGAUUAAUCAGGAUACAGAAAGAGGUAUAGGUUUCAAGUAUAAGUUUGAUAUGUUAACCUGACCACUCUUGUUUCAGAUCUUGAUGGAAUCUUUACAGAUUUUCUUGUUUCUGUGUCACCAUAAGUAGGUUGGAAUGGUGAGAGGACAUGUUAGUGUUUUCUAGAUCUGUGACAUUAAGAGGAGCUAUUUUAUAAAUUUCUACCCCCCUUCCCCAUAGAUUUCUCUUCACAUGUUUUUAAAAAAAGGAAAUUCCAAGGGGCCUGAAUUCAAAUUCCUGACAUGCACUUUCAGCAGCUGAAGUUCAUGUGAGGAAUAUAUAGUGACCUCUCAAAAGAAUCAUUCACAAUGGAAAACAGACAUCAGGAGUGCAAAAUUAAGUAAAUAUAACCUUCAAAUUCUAACAUUUAAAAAAUCCAGUUACCAGUUCCAAUCUAAGAAGCAAAAAAUAAGUGAUAAUCUGCUAGGUUCUUCUCAUGAUUUUGGAAACUCACUUUCGAUAUGACCAAGUGAGGAAGGAUGAAUCAGCUCCCCUUUUCUUCACCCCAUUUUUAUUUUAUUUCUUUUAAGCACAAAGUUGUAUCACACUUCAAUUAACCUACAGUUGACUAGGACAAAAAUAAGGAGGCAGUUGCAAGGUUUUCUUGAGUGAAAGAUAGGGAAUUUUAUUACUUAUUAACUGUAAUAAAUAACAAAACAUGACAAGAAUAAAGUUUAAAAAGGAGAGCGGAUCUAGUACAAAAAGGAAGAUCAUGCAUAUCCGGUUUUAAAGUCUUGAGAACCCUUAAAGGUUUGAACUGAGAUCACAAUUGUUUAAUUGAUUUCUUAGCAGUAGCAUAUCAUAUGUGUUCAGAUAACAUAAUAUAUAAUCCCUCCAGUGUAGAAGCAGGCUGUUCAAUCCAUUGAGUCCACACCAACCCACCAAAGAGUAUCCCACCCACAACCACUCCCCUCCCUGUAUUCCCAAUGGUUAAUCCACCUAACUUGCACAUUCCUGAUCACUAUGGUCAAUCCACCUCAUCUGCACAUUUUGGACUGUGG